AUGGCCAGCAACAGGAGCAAGAUUGCCCCUUUACCCCAAGAGGAGCCACUUAUUCCUAAGAAUGAUAACCUCGCAGCACCUCAGGACCACCAUGACCAGUAUUUAGAUGGCUCAUCAACAUAUUAUACGGAGCCUAGAUAUAUAACAAGACAACUAAAGAGACACGCCAUAGCUGGUUCUUCUUCUGUGUCUUCCGCAAAGCGCUCAAAAGUGAAAAGGGAGAAAGGGAAGCCGGUUCCAGAUAUCGACGAAUUACCGCAUAAUCUAGGUAAAAUUGAGACUCUCGAUGCUGUUGUAGUGGGUUCAGCGCAGGACUUUGCUGUUCCCAUGGUUCCUCAGCUACAUUCAAUAGACAGAAGCUCCUCCCCAACCCCUUACGAAGUAGCAACUUCCAGGCCUCGUCGAAACCGUGGCUCCAAAAAUCCAUACGGCCUAACACCAGGGGUUAGCCCCUUUCCAGACUGGAAACGCCCUACAGUAGCAGAGUGUGAGGAGGUUAACAGGCUACUUUCCUCAAUUCAUGGAGAAGUCAUAGCGCCCAAGGCAAUACCACCGCCUUCAUUGACUGUAUCGGGUUGUGGAGAAGUGCCUAGUAUCCUCGAUGCUUUGAUUCGGACACUUCUUAGCGGUGCAACUACCGGCAAUAAUUCUGCCAUGGCGUUCCAGGGCCUGGUGCGCAAGUUCGGUAUCCUUAAAGAGGGCAUCGGGAAAGGAAGUGUUGACUGGAAUAAGGUCCGUGAAGCUCCAGUGGAAGACAUCUACGAAUCGAUGAAAUGUGGUGGACUCGGAGUCGCAAAGAGCAAAUAUAUCAAACAGAUCCUUGAAAUGGUAUAUGAAGAGAAUAAAGCUCGGAGAGACGCACUGGUUGAAUCGAAGACUGGAAAGGAGCUUGAUCUCACACGAGCCCCGGGUUUCAGAAACGAGACUGAGGAGCAGAAGGACAAUGAGAUCGCCAUGACGAACGAGAAUGUGCUCUCCCUUAAUCACCUUCAUUCUCUAUCAAAGGAUGAAGCUAUGCUAGAAUUCGUCAAAUAUCCAGGCAUCGGCGUCAAGACAGCCGCCUGUGUCGUACUAUUUUGCCUUCAACGUCCUUGCUUUGCUGUUGACACACAUGUUUUCCGCCUUAGCAAGUGGCUUGGUUGGAUUCCAACGGAUAAAGUCAACGAGAUCACUGCCUUCAGCCACCUCGAGGUGAAGAUUCCGGAUCAUCUGAAGUAUUCGCUGCAUCAGUUGUUCAUACUCCAUGGUAAGGCAUGUCCUCGAUGCCGUGGCAUCACAACAGAGAAUAGCCAGGGGUGGGAGGCUGGCUGCAUCAUAGACCAUCUUGUACAGCGGACUGGGAAGAGAAAAGGUGGUCCACUAAAGCAGACAAAGCUCGGCUUCCCAGUGAACAAGCCUACGUAG